AUGUCUCGUCUCAAGGACGAGGUGGUGAUUCCAAGUCAUUCUCGCGUCACUAACUCUCGCUCUGGUGUCAAGGAGAAGGAGCAGAAGAAGAAUGUCGCGAAAGCGCACAAGCCUAUCCAUGUGGAUGUCUUCAUUCCGAGCGUCGUCUCCGUAGGCAACCUGGCCAAACUCUUGAAUGUCCGGUUAGACGUACUCCGCCGGAAGAUGAUUAAGAUAGGAAUGGAGGCCGAGGCGUCAUAUGACCACAUGCUUACCUCCGAAUAUGCUUCUCUGGUGGCUAUGGAGUUCAACCGUAACCCCGUCAUUAACGACGAAGCGGCGUUUGACAUCUACCCCCCUGCUCCCCACCCGGACCCUUCCUCUCUUUCCACGCGUCCACCGGUCGUUACCAUCAUGGGGCACGUAGACCACGGGAAAACCACUCUACUGGACACCCUUCGAUCUACCUCUGUCGCCAAGGGCGAAGCCGGUGGAAUUACCCAGCACAUCGGUGCCUUCUCGGUUCCGGUGCCCGCUAGCGCCAAUUCCUCAGAGCCUACACGGACAAUCACCUUCCUGGAUACUCCUGGUCAUGCCGCAUUCUCUGCUAUGCGCGCUCGCGGCGCGAGCGUCACCGACGUAGUCGUACUUGUGGUUGCUGCGGACGACGGCAUCAUGCCCCAGACUCGCGAAGUCAUUGAUCUUGUAAAGAACUCCCCGGUUGGUCUGGUUGUUGCGAUCAACAAGGUAGAUAAGCCUGGCGUCGAUGUUUCUAAAGUCGAGCACGCACUUCUCGCGGAGGGCGUGCAGCUGGAAGCCUUCGGCGGCGACGUCCCUGUAGUGCAUGUGUCGGGUCUCACCGGCCAGGGUUUGGACCAGUUGGUUGAGACCAUCUCUGUUCUUGCAGAGAUGCAGGAACUGCACGCAGAGCGCGAGGGUACCCUCCAGGGUUACGUCUUGGAGUCGAAAGUCGCCAAAGGCUUAGGACCCGUCGCGACCGUCCUUGUCCUUCGUGGAGGUCUGAAGCCCGGUCAACACCUCAUUUGCGGCACGGCGUCCGCAAAGAUUCGCGUCAUGAACGACUCGAGCGGCAAGCCGGUGAAGGCCGCCUAUCCAGGCAUGGCCGUCACCGUCUCUGGCUGGAAGGAGCUGCCCGACGCCGGCGACGAGGUGCUGACUGGGACGGAGGCGGAAGUCAAGAAAGCCCUCGCCAACCGCCUUCGCAAGGCUGAGAUGGAGUCUUCCCUCGUCGACCUAGAGGCAAUCAAUGAGCAGCGGCGCUCAGAGCGUGAGCGUGAACGCGAACGUGAAGAACGCGAGCGUGCGACUGCCGAAGGCGAAGAGGCCGAAGAGAUGAAGCCCAAGUCCGUAGGUCCGAAGGAGUUGCGCCUUAUUAUCAAGGGCGACGUCAGCGGGUCCGUGGAGGCCGUGAAAGGUGCCAUCGAAGGCAUCGGGAACGAUAUUGCGCGCGUGAAGGUCGUCUCCACUGGCGUCGGGGACGUCGCCGAGUCUGACGUUUUGCGGGCAAAAACGGCUGAAGGGACCAUCAUCGCCUUCAACGUCAAGGUUCCCCGACCGGUCGAAUCGAUAGCGCAGUCGCAGCACGUCCCCAUCCUCGCGUCCUCGGUCAUCUACAAGCUCAUCGACGACGUAACGGCGCGGGUCGUCGGGUUGCUCCCGCCAAUUAUCGAAAAGCGCGUCUCUGGAGAGGCCACCGUGCUAGCCCUCUUUGACAUCACUCUCAAGGGAAAGAAGACGACGCAGGUCGGCGGUUGUCGUGUUUCUAACGGUGUUGUUGCGAAGAACAAACUUGCGCGGGUGGUCCGCAACGGUCAGAUCAUCCAUGAAGGUCGGCUGGAUACGCUCAAGCAGCACAAGAACGACGUCAUGGAGCUCGCAAAGGGCAACGAGUGUGGCCUGAACCUCGCCGACUUCAACGACCUCCGCGUGGGCGACAUCGUCGAGAUGUACGAGGAAGUCGAGCUGCCCGGUACCCUAUAA